CAGCGGUAGUACGGAGAACGUACCGGGGUGUGAAACACAAAUUUGCCGGCAGAACAACACCAAAAGAGCGGCAAAGUGUUCACGUUUAUCGUUCGAAGAACAAAUGUCAAGUAAUUGUUAUUAUCCUGGCAACUGAUGACGAGGCAAAACGCCGAACGACUGAGGUAGCAUUAAAGUCGUUCAGGAAUAGGCGCCGUCUGUCGAGUCUCCGUGAAAUAUUUUCAGAGACUUGUCUCUGAAAAUAAAUAGAUUUGUCUGCUGGAAACAAUUCAUACUCCAACGAUCAUAAUGGGAUACGUCGUUUAACUUGUGCGGGUUGACAACAACUAGGGACAUUUGGGAAGACCUCUGGUUAAGUGGACACCGCAAGCGGCCCGUGUCCACAUCAGCGACAGAAGCCGGGGUGUCGGCUUGAGAGUCUUCGGGUGGAAAAUCUCCAACACUAGAGCUACAGCGCUGACUAAAUAGCGUCGUGCGAACAGGAGCUACGCCGAUAUUUGACCACUGGGAGCCGGGGAGUAUCCGGACAGAGACCUCAUGAAUGGAAAUCGGAACUUCAGGAGAUGUUGGGGCCCAGGCCCUGUUCUCAGUGCCACGGAGGCCUGGCUUUGGCACCAUGGGGAAGCCUAUCAAGCUUCUGGCCAACUGCUUCCAGGUGGAUAUCCCCAAGAUGGACGUCUACCUCUAUGAAGUAGACAUCAAGCCCGAGAAGUGCCCACGUCGCGUCAACAGGGAGGUGGUGGACUCCAUGGUGAAGCACUUCAAGGUGACCAUCUUUGGGGACCGAAGGCCAGUCUACGAUGGGAAGAGGAGCCUCUACACAGCCAACCCCCUACCAGUCGCCACAGCGGGGGUGGAUCUGGAUGUCACCUUGCCAGGGGAGGGGGGUAAGGAUCGACCCUUCAAAGUGUCCAUCAAGUUUGUGUCGCUAGUCAGCUGGCACCUGCUGCACGAGGUGCUGAUGGGGCGCACCAUGCCUGAGCCCUUGGAGCUGGACAAGCCCAUCAGCACCAACCCUGUACACGCAGUGGAUGUGGUGCUGCGACACCUGCCUUCCAUGAAGUACACCCCAGUGGGGCGCUCCUUCUUCUCCGCCCCAGAGGGUUACGACCACCCCCUGGGCGGGGGUAGGGAGGUGUGGUUCGGCUUCCACCAAUCGGUGCGGCCCGCCAUGUGGAAGAUGAUGCUCAACAUUGACGUAUCAGCCACAGCGUUCUACAAGGCCCAGCCGGUGAUCCAGUUCAUGUGCGAGGUCCUGGACAUCCACAACAUAGACGAGCAGCCCCGGCCCCUCACCGACUCCCACAGGGUCAAGUUCACCAAAGAGAUCAAAGGUCUGAAGGUGGAAGUGACCCACUGCGGGACGAUGCGGAGGAAGUACAGAGUGUGUAACGUGACUCGUCGUCCUGCCAGCCACCAGACGUUCCCCCUGCAGCUGGAGAAUGGUCAGACAGUGGAGCGCACGGUGGCCCAGUACUUCAGAGAGAAGUACAGCCUGCAGCUGAAGUACCCCCACCUCCCCUGCCUACAGGUGGGCCAGGAGCAGAAACACACCUACCUGCCCCUGGAAGUGUGCAACAUAGUAGCUGGCCAGCGCUGUAUUAAAAAACUCACUGAUAACCAGACGUCCACCAUGAUCAAAGCCACGGCCCGCUCUGCCCCAGACAGACAGGAGGAGAUCAGCAGGCUGGUGCGGAGUGCGAACUAUGAGGCGGACCCGUUCGUCCAGGAGUUUCAGUUCCGCGUGCGUGACGAGAUGGCUCAGGUGACGGGCCGUGUGCUGCCGGCCCCCGGGCUGCAGUACGGCGGCAGGGCAAGCUUGGAACACUUCAUGUCCCAGCAGAUGAACCCUGCGGUGUCAUUGCAGAACCGCACGGUGGCCACGCCCAGCCACGGCGUGUGGGAUAUGAGGGGCAAACAGUUCCACACUGGGGUGGAGAUCAAGAUGUGGGCCAUCGCUUGCUUUGCCACACAGAGGCAGUGUCGUGAGGAGAUCCUCAAAGGUUUUACUGACCAGCUGCGUAAGAUCUCUAAGGAUGCUGGGAUGCCCAUCCAGGGCCAGCCAUGUUUCUGUAAGUACGCUCAGGGAUCAGACAGCGUAGAGCCCAUGUUCAGGCACCUGAAGAACACCUACGCUGGCCUGCAGCUCAUCAUCGUCAUCCUACCUGGAAAGACCCCAGUCUAUGCUGAGGUGAAGCGGGUUGGAGACACCCUCCUGGGCAUGGCCACUCAGUGUGUCCAGGUGAAGAAUGUGGUAAAGACAUCCCCUCAGACCCUCUCCAACCUCUGCCUCAAGAUCAACGUCAAACUGGGGGGCAUCAACAACAUCCUGGUGCCACACCAACGUCCCUCAGUGUUCCAGCAGCCUGUUAUCUUCCUGGGGGCCGACGUCACUCAUCCUCCAGCCGGAGACGGAAAGAAGCCAUCCAUCGCAGCGGUGGUGGGCAGUAUGGACGCCCACCCCAGCAGGUACUGUGCCACAGUGAGGGUCCAGAGACCCAGACAGGAGGUGAUCCAGGACCUGGCCUCCAUGGUGCGGGAGCUCCUCAUCCAGUUCUACAAGUCUACCCGCUACAAACCAACCAGAAUCAUAUUUUAUAGGGAUGGUGUGUCAGAGGGACAGUUCAGACAGGUGCUGUACUAUGAGCUGCUGGCCAUCAGAGAAGCCUGUAUCAUGUUGGAGAAAGAGUACCAGCCGGGCAUCACCUACAUUGUAGUGCAGAAGCGCCAUCACACACGACUCUUCUGUGCUGACCGGAACGAGCGGGUUGGACGGAGUGGUAACAUUCCUGCAGGCACCACUGUGGACACAGAUAUAACCCACCCCUAUGAGUUUGACUUUUACCUCUGCAGCCAUGCAGGAAUACAGGGUACCAGCAGACCUUCCCACUACCAUGUUCUGUGGGACGACAACUGCUUCACGGCUGACGAGUUCCAGCUGCUCACCUACCAGCUGUGCCACACCUACGUCCGCUGCACCCGCUCAGUCUCCAUCCCCGCGCCAGCCUACUACGCCCACCUGGUGGCCUUCCGCGCCCGCUACCACCUGGUGGACAAAGAACAUGACAGUGCGGAGGGCAGCCAUGUCUCGGGGCAGAGUAAUGGCCGAGACCCCACAGCCCUCGCCAAGGCUGUUCAGAUUCAUCACGACACACUGAGGACCAUGUACUUCGCCUGAGAGUGGGGUGUUGGGAGGGGUAUUCUGUCAGCCUUGUCAAUCUCACAUUGGACCCCGGGCUGGCACAGCUCUGGUCCUGACAAGGGGAUGCCAAGCUGCUAAAGGCAACAACAACUACAACAGCCAGAGUGGAGUACAGAAACGUUAUGCAAUACGAAACCAGCCAAUCCUCUCCUGGCUUGUUCUCUUCUGCUGUGUUUUUAAUUGAUUAUGGAUUGUCUCUGAUAUUGCUGCUUGAGCUGUGCAAGUCAUGUCCUCGCCUUACAGGUUUGACAGCAGCUCAACUUUUGCUUUGUGUUACUUUCAAAAUGCCAGAGUGUAGAAGACAAGACAGGGGAAUUGAUAAGGAUGGUUUCAGGGUGUGGGGGCAUAGCAGGUCCAGUGAGGAUCAGUCUUGUUUCCUCAACAAAGUGAUGAAUGAUAUGCUGACUUGUCUAUCCAAGGGGUUCAAUUGUAUAAGUUGUCCUCUUUA